GCAUAAAGAACGCAUUCUUCAGCGUCGUCAUGAUCGUACUCAGUCUUUAACCUCUAGCACACCUAUACUUCCUACAAUUAACAAUCUCUAUCCAUCACUCCCUUCUAUUAAUGAAAUUUAUCCUUCACUUCCUUCUAUUAAUAAUCUUCCCUUAUCACUUCCUUCUAUCGAUAACAUCCUGUCAAGAUCAUCCUUUCCAUAUUUUAAUUAUUCCGGAUAA